UGUAGGAAGGAUUUCUAUCAAAGCGAUUCGCUGAAAAUUCAUUCCCAGAGAGAAAGAAUUAAGAGGGAAGGAGCUGAUGGCAGCAAUAACAAGCGCGGUGAUAGCCAUAGCGGGAGUGAUAUUGGGAUGGAUAGCAAUCGAGAUCGCUUGCAAGCCUUGCCUGGAGAAAGGGCGUGAAGCCAUUGACCGAUCUCUUAACCCUGAUUACGACCCCGACGAUGAUCUCCAAGCCCCUCUCAACCCUAACCCAGAUCCCCAAUCUCACCCUGGUAUUUCUUCUUCCACUUCAUCCAAACCCCUACAAAUUUAAGGGUUGUUCUAGGCAAAUUUGUGUCGAUUUAUUUUCUACCUUAUUUGUCCAGGUGAUUUGGUAUUGUUAUGUUUGAACUUUGAAUGAAUGGUGUGGUUGAAUUGUUAUGGUACUACUAUGAUCACAUUCAAUUGUACCGUUGUUGGCCUGGUUUUGGUUUGUUUCAAGUGACAUAACUUGGUUUAUGCA